AUGUCUUCGGAGCAUCCUGCCAUUGCGCGCAUUCCUGCUACUUUUAAAGCGAAGAUCUCUCCAAGAGCGAUUAGAACCAUCAUCAAGGUACAUGAAUGGGUUGAGCAAGAAUGCAUCCCCGCCGAGGGUCUGAUGGAGCGCCAACUUGAAGGUCAAAGAUGGACCGUUCAGCCAAAGAUGAAAGAACUUAGAGAAAGAGCGAAAGCUGCAGGCCUUUUCAACUUGUUCCUUCCCAAAACUUUCAAGGAGUCGCCAGGAUUGAGCAAUCUAGAAUACGCAUGCUGCGCAGAAAUCAUGGGGAGAUGCUUUUGGGCAGCUGAAACCAUGAAUUGCCAUGCUCCCGAGACAGGAAAUAUUGAGCUGUUAGCUAAAUAUUGCAAGCCGAAGCAAAAAGAGAAGUGGCUCCAACCAUUGCUUGACGGUACUGCAAUGUCUGCCUACUCUAUGACAGAGCCAGACGUGGCUGCGUCCGAUGCAACAAAGAUAGCCUGCAGGAUGCACCGCGAUGGUGAUGAAUAUGUUAUCAAUGGGCGAAAGGUAUUCGGUGGCUCAUUGAUGAACAAAUCCCUCUCAUUUUACAUCUUGAUGGUGUGCUCGGAUGCAAGCAAUUCGAAUCCCUGGAGAAGGCACUCUAUGGUUAUCGUUCCAACCGACACACCAGGUCUACGGCUUAUUAGAAAUCUCACGAUAAUGGGAUACGAUGAUGCUCCACAGGGCCACGCAGAGUUCGAGUACACUAAUGUCAGAAUUCCUGUUGAAAACCUGAUCUUAGGUGAAGGAAAGGCUUUCGAAAUUGCUCAAGGGCGUCUGGGACCAGGCCGCAUUCAUCAUUGCAUGCGCCUAAUAGGGCAAUCGGAACGUGCAUACGAGAUGGCUCUAGUUAGAGCGCUCGAUCCACGAAAAAAACCACGCGGAAAAUUGAUCGGAGAGUUUGACAGUAACAUAGAACGAUUGGCGCAGAUGAGGCUCGAUAUCGACACCAUGCGCCUAAUUGUGUUGAACGCUGCGGAAACGAUGGAUCUCAAGGGAAACAAAGCUGGUCGUCGUGCUAUAGCGCACUCAAAAAUUACGGUGCCCAACAUGGCAGCAAGUGUAAUUGACGAAGCAAUGCAGAUGCACGGUGGUUUAGGUCUGACUCAAGAUACUUUCAUGCCUCACGCAUGGACAUAUGCUAGAUAUGUCAGACUCGCAGACGGUCCUGAUGCUGCUCAUCGUCACCAAGUAGGGAGAGAAGAAUUAAAAAGUGCAGUGGGGCUUCGAGAGAAGCAUGAGGUAUACCUGAGGAGGUCGCUUGAGCUGACAGCGAAAUUAUAG